AUGGAAGAAGACGCGCCGCCUUUGACAAAUAGCGUCGGCAGCAAAGGGGGCGGGGACGCCGACAUGCCAUCUCCGAAUUUGCAGCAGCAGCAGCAGCAGCAGCAGCAGGCGACGCCUGCGCACGCCGGGAACGAGCGGCAGCGGCAGCGACAGCGAGGGAGGGUGGACUUUAAUUGUGUGUCGUUCGGGUACCCGACACGCUCAGGGGUUCUCGUUUUGGACGGUCUGAGCCUUACCGUAAGACCCGGGGAGAAGGUGGCUGUCGUGGGCUCGUCGGGGGGAGGGAAGUCGACAAUCCUGCGGCUCAUCUGCAGGUUUUAUGACCCGCAGGGAGGCAGCAUUCUGUUGGGGGGGAGGGAUUUGUCCUCGUACAAUCCGGCGGACAUCAGCAACGUUGUGUCCUGGGUAACACAGGAGCCGCAGCUCUUUCCGAUAUCAGUGAGAGAAAACAUCGCCUACGGAAUGGGGUCUUACAGCAUGGAGGAUGUUUAUAAGGCUGCUAAAUCGGCCAAUAUACACAAUUUCGUCAGCGAGCUCCCGGAGGGGUACGACACCCUCGUGGGGGAGGGGGGCGCUUCGCUCAGCGGGGGGCAGAAGCAGAGGGUGGCCAUCGCUAGAGCGCUCAUCAGAGAUCCGGAGGUUCUCCUGCUUGACGAGCCGACGUCUGCGUUGGACGUGGAGAGUGAACGCCUUGUGCAAGAUGCCUUGGACACGGCGGGGAAGGGGCGCACCGUAAUUUUGAUCGCGCAUCGGUUGGCCACCAUACAGAGGGCGGACCGAAUUGUCGUCAUGCAGAAUGGCCGUUUGGUGGAAUCGGGGAAGCACGACGAGCUGCUAUCCUUAGGCGGGGUGUACGCGGGGCUGUACAAGCAGGGCGAGCAGGUCGCCACCCUCCAAUAAGCAAACGCAACAUGAUCGGUUUUGGGCCACCCUGCUGUUUCUGUUUCUGUUUCUGUUAAGACACCCACCACGACCACCAGCACUACCUGUGUCGCUGCGGUUGGCGCUGUACGAACAUUUUGUCGACGGGGUAAGGGUACCAGGCCGUGAGGUGGAGUGUUUGCUUGUGAUGUGUGCGGAGGGGACGAAAAGAUAGCGUCCCCGGGAGGGGCAUAGUUCCUCGCGUCCCCGCUUUUCCGAAUCUAUGAUUGAUUUCAUUGGGCCCCUUUUUUUCACGAUACCUGUAGACGGUGCGCUUAUCAUUUGGGUCGUCGGGAUGGGGAGGGGUGUACCGUUGGUUCCGAAGCAAGAGAUUAUUUUUGUGAUAAGACAAGGACCCGUAUAUAUAAACAAUUGCAGUAUAUCAAAAAAGGAGGCGUGUUUGGGCGUCUGGCGCGUUCGCCGUGUACACUCAUCAUACGCCGUAGCGUCGAGCCGAGGGUUGUGAAACGGGUGCAGGAUAUCCGUGAAGGGUUUGUGUGGCGGGGUGUGUGAUGUCGUGGCGAAAGUGAAAUCCGCCACACUUUUCCUGUCGUUCGGUCUUGAUCAACAUGGAAAAGCUGUACUUGGAGUAAAUACAAGGAGUUUUAGAGCGUGAGCGGAGUUACGGGUGGAGCUUGAUGGAGAAGAGUGGAUGGCGUGCAUUCGUCGAACUCUUGGGGGCAUGGGGAGGCUCGUAGAUGUGGCGGCAUGAGAAGUCCGGUUCAUGCACGAGACAGAGCACCUUGUUGCCUACCAACAGCUCGUUUUUUCUGUGGCAAAAGAGCAGAGCGGAGAAUGCCAAUGUUGUGUAUACAGAGCGUGAAACAAUGUGCAAAAUGGAAGAUCGGAAUUUGGGAGACGUGUUUUCAAGCAAGACCUGUGCUUCCGUGGACAAUAGAGGGUUCUAAAUCCCUCCUGAGGACCA